AUGAAAAUGAAGAACAAAUGGGACCAGUUAAAGAAGGAUUGGAAACUAUGGAAAGAACUGAAAAAGGAAGCAACAGGAAUGGGUUGGGAUCCAGUUAAGUGCACAAUAGAUUCACCAGAGGAAUGGUGGGCUGAGAAACUACAAGCAUUUCUGUCCGCAAAAAAAUUUAAAUCCGUGGGCAUUGAUCCAGUAAUAGAGGAAAAACUAGAUGGAAUGUUCAUUGGGGUUGUCGCUACAGGAACUCAUGCGUUCACCCCAAAUGAUAUAUGCCAUGUUCACACCGAUGUUCAAUCCACGAGUGUGCCCAAGUAUCCCAGAGUAGAAAAGAAGAACAAAGGGGUUGCUUUCAUUAAAGGAACUAUUGAUGCACUUGUUGAAACAUGCAAAGCUCGGUCUUCUUCCUCACAGGAUAGCUCAAUUGAUGAGUGUCUUCAAGUCCUCAAUACAUAUUCUGAUGUUAAGGCAGACGAUGAUGACUACAUUCAAUACAUGAAGGAUAGCAUUGGACUUCAGGAUUGCAUUGGAGCUAUUGAUGGGACACACGUUGAUGUGCGAGUUUGUAGUGAUGAAAAAGUUCCAUACAUCGGUCGAUGCGGCGCCCAAACACAAAAUGUUAUGGCUAUAUGUGAUUUUAAUAUGUGCUUUACUUUUUUCAUGGUUGGAUGGGAAGGAAGUGCCCAUCAUAGUCGUGUUUUCAAAUUGGAUACGGAGUUUGCCAUUUUAGAAGAUGAUUCAAUGCAAAUCCCACCUGAAGCACUUGAAUAUCAUGUGGGACGUUCAAUACAUGAAGAGUUUGGUUCAGAAGAUGCAUGCACUCGAGAGCGUGAAGGUGCAUCAGAGAUGGACAAUGAGCUCGAGAUAUUCAGGGAAGUCAGGGGAAAUGAUGUGCCAAUGUGGACUACCGUCAUUGCUUUUCAAAUAACGACAGACACAUAG